CCAUUGAGAAACAAUGGAAAAAGAGUCGGAAGAUAUCGAGGCGACGAUGCCACUGAGAUCCAACGAUCGCAAAGAUACAGGAAUCAUCGUUACCGUCGGCAAUACGCCGCGUCAAGUCGACGUUCAGUUCUCCGAUAUCUGUAUAUCAGUUCCGCAAAAGAAAGGCAAAUGCAAGGAGAUUUUAUGCGGUGUAACGGGAGAGUUCCGUUCGGGCCGGCUCACGGCGAUCCUCGGGCCCUCCGGAGCCGGGAAAACGACGUUACUGGACAUCCUGGCGAGCCGCGGGGCCAGGAGUUCCCGCAAGAAGGUUCAACUUGGUGGUCUACGCCUGAAUGGAGUCAGUUGCUGCGAACGUCCGGAGAUUCUUCGUCGACUGAGCGUCUGCUAUAUCCCCCAAGAGUUUGCACUCAUGCCCUUCCUCACCACCAGAGAGACGAUACACGUCGCGGCGACUCUCAAGCUGCCCGGGAAAUCUUACGACCCAGGCACCAGGAAAUUCGUUAUGAACGACGUAGCGACUAGAUUGGGCCUCCAGGACUGCAUGGACACGCUGACAAGUAACUUGAGCGGAGGUGAGAAGAAGCGACUUUCGAUAGCCGUGGAGAUGAUAACGAGUCCCUCGGUGAUGCUCCUCGACGAGCCGACCAGUGGCCUCGACAGUGCCUCCUCCAAUCAGGUGAUCGGACUCCUGGGCUCGAUGGCGCGCACCGGCUGCACCGUCGUCUGCGCGGUUCACCAGCCAAGUAGCCACAUAACAUGUCGCUUCGACGACAUCCUCGUGUUAAGCCAAGGGAGAAGCCGCUACUGCGGUCCCCGCGACAGUCUCCUCGAUCACUUCAAGAACGCCGGCUACGCAUGUCCGCCUUUCUACAACCUCGCCGAGUUUGUGCUGGAGGUGGUGACAGGUCAGCGAGGUGGCAAUUACGAGCUCCUGUGCAGCAAAGACUCGAUGGACGAGGCCAACGUGAGCGCCAAGUACCUGAGCCGCUCCUCGACCUCCAGCUUCCACGGCGACUCCGGUGCCUCGAAGCGCUACGCCGUCUCCCAUUGGACCCAGCAGAAGAUUCUCCUCCGGCGAGCUUUUCUCUGCAUUUCACGUGACAACACUAUGACCAACUUAAGGCUUUCAGCGCACUUUGUCGUCGCCAUUCUUUUGGGAAUAGUUUUUUACAAGUUUGGUCACGAUGCCAGUACAGUAUACAGCAACGUUGCUUGCCUAUUCUUCUUCGCUGUAUUUCUCUUCUUCGCAAACUCAAUGCCAUCCGUGCAAAUGUUUCCACCAGAAGCGACGGUUUUUCUCCGUGAAAACACAAACAACUGGUACUCCCUCGAGGCCUACUACAUAACGAAAGUCCUUGCCGACCUGCCAAUACAAAUAGCUUGCCCGACGGGAUUCCUGGCGAUCGCCUAUUACAUGACCGGUCAACCCCUCGAGCUCAUGAGAUUUGCUCAAGUUUGGCUGAUCUGCACGCUAUUUACCAUCAUGGCGCAAUCCUUCGGCAUCGUCACCGGAGCCGCAUUCAACACACACAUCGGCAUGUUCUUAGUCCCAGCCUUUAACAUUCCCAUGUUUCUCUUUGCCGGAUUCUUUCUCAAGCUCAAAGAGAUUCCAUUCUUUCUGCAGUUCCUCAGUUUUAUAAGCUAUUUUCGGUAUGCGUUCGAAGGCAUCAUGCAGGCUGUGUACGUAAACCGGGAGAAGAUCCCAUGUCACACGGACUUCUGCCCCCUGCGAUUACCAAGUCGUAUCCUCGAGGAGUUUAACAUGCCCUCGGUGCCCUUUGCUACGACAGUCUUUGCCCUUGUCAGCUGGAUCGUCAUCCUUCACUCGCUCAUUUACGGCGUAUUGCGCUGGAAGCUCUAUGUUUUUCGAACGUAACCGAGGAAAGCGGGGCCUAAUCCUUGGUCUCUCACUUUCAUCCAUGUAAUUUGCAAUUAUUUGCAUAGUUGGAGCCUGUGCUUUUCGAUUGACCAUCACAUUGACGAAAUCGAAGAAAAGAGAGAGGGAGUGGCCCAUUGGGAAAUGGUCGUUGCGCUAGUGAAAAUCGCACUCAAUGGCUAAGAUUUCAGCAUGCGGUUUUGGGAAUGAAAAUUCUGUCUUUGUUUAAUGUACAGGCUCGGCUCUGCUUCAAGAAAUUGACGCUCGACAGACAAUAUAUAUUCGACGCUAAUUAAAUCAAUGUGUAUUGGAAUACUUGGAGUUUGAGAGUUUUAUACAUUUAUUUUAUACGAGAUUAUACUUGUCCUUUGUUAUUGAAAACGCGUGUACUUUAACGAAUAUCGUCCUUUAAAAUAUCAAUGACAUUGGAUGGGAAAAUCGAGCAAUGAUAUAUUCAAUCUAUAGUUAACGAUAAUCAAUAAUUCUCAUUAAUUUUGUAAAAGUUAUUUCUAAUAAAUUUUUAAUUUAUUCCCAUUGUCUUAUUCUAGAACGAAUACUUGAAGAAAGCACUUUUAUUCAGAACUUUCACCACAGUACAUCUUCAUAUUCUCAUAAUUACAUAAUAAUUAAUAAUAUAAAAUUAAGUUCAUCUCUAUCUAACGACAUUUAAACUAACGAAUGAACGAAAAUAAUUAUAUGCCGGAGGUAAAAAUAAACCUCUUAGAUAAUAGUAAUUUUGAUCUGGGCUAUUUAUAAUGUUUAUUAAAAUUUUUGA